UCACUUAAACCUGUAUCUAAAAGAGAAAGUGGUAUAGUUUUACUUAAUUUGAUGAAACGUUUUUUCUGCCAUGUUCAAGGUACCAAGGAUAUUUCCUAUGAGGAAUUGAAGGCUCUUGUGGGAAAGAGCCCAAAUCUCAUUCUGAUUGAUGUCCGCAGUGAAGAGGAGGUAGCAAAAGGACAUAUUCCAGGAUGCACCAAUAUCCCACUUGAUACAGUGGAGACUGCUUUUGCAAUGAAUCCAGAGGAAUUCAAGGCCAAGUAUGGCAUAAAGAAGCCACAGCUGGAUGCACCAGAGCUGGUGUUUUCCUGCCAGACGGGCAGGCGAUCAGGACUGGCCAUCGGCAAAGUCCAACAGCUGGGAUAUGUGACCGCAUGCAAUUAUACUGGUGGAUACAGCGAGUGGUCUAAGAAAGAAGGAAAGUGAUUCACGCUAAAGGAGAGUUUCAUAUGUCUUCAUCCA